AUGACGACAGCCCCUCAACCAGUGGCCAAAAAGCUUAGCUCUCAGGCCCUUGGUCUCGAUUUCGUGUUAAACGAGAAUGUAACCAUCCUCAUUCCUCUGAACACGAAAGAACAGCCGGCGCAAGGUCGGACGCAGUCCGGCGUUGUUCUCGAUAAUGUCCGUGAGAUAUCGCAAGCACUAUCAAUCUCGGUCUAUAUCGACCAUAGUGUUUCAUGUGAAGCUCAGCUUCAUUCCAUCCGCAAGGCAAUGAAUGAGGGCUAUUACCGAUCUACUCGCAAAAGAGAUCUUGACCUUCAGAGCCUUUAUCAAGGUCUAGGCGCUCAGAUUGCUGCUUUCCCCAUCCAGUCAGAACAGGGACCUAGCACCAAGUUCGACAAGCUGCCAGCUUACGAUGAGGUGCCAUCACAAUCUUUGGAUGCACCCGCACAGACGAGGAAGAAACCUCGGACCGAGGGCGAAAGCGUCAUCCCAUCGUUGGCUGAACAAGUGAAAUCGCUGCAGGAUAAGAUGUCUGCCUCCCAACUUCAGCAAACUGCCUAG